CCCUUGUUGGACCAAAAUGACGUUUCUUCUGCUGCUCAUUUUAGAUGUUUGUGGUUUGUGGCAGAAGUCAGAUGCUGUGACAUUAGCUAAACCGGUGCUAACAGGUCCAUCAGUUGCUCUUGUUAAUUCACCUGAAGAUUUUUACUGCAUUUCGGAUGAGAUCCCAUUAAACAUUUCCGUCCUGUACCAGCUUUUCAAGGAAGGUGAUCAAACAAAGCCUAUAACUGAAUAUAGUGCUCACAGUAAACAGGAGGCCAAAUUUGUUAUUCUUGCCCGUCGUGAAUAUGAUGGAAAUUUAAGAUGCAAAGCGAGUGGACUAAACGUUACAGGGAUCACACCCUCAUUCAGUUACUGGCAUAACUUCCAAGUCUUAGUGCCUGUAGAAGGUGCACACAUCAAAACAAGCCCAUCGACAGGAGAUCUCUGGGAGGGAGACAGUUUAUGUCUGCAGUGUAAUGUAAGUAAAGGGACAUACGUCAAAUGUAACUGGCAUCUAAACGACAAAGUUGUCCAACCACACCAUGACAACAGAUCCUGCAGACUCAACAUUCAACGGCUGUCUACUGGAGACAGUGGUAAAUAUAUCUGUGUUGCCUCAAACCAGUUUAACAACAGUUUUUUCUACAACAGUACUGACGAAAUUGAAGUGCACGUUAAAGAGUACGUGUCAAAGCCAGAAAUCUCAUACACUGUUGUCAAGACUGGAGAAGGAAAACUCAGCACCUAUGUAAAAUGCCAGACGACAAAAGGAUCCCGGCCCAUCAAAUUCAAGCUGUUUCUGAACAAUGAAUAUGUUACAGAAGAAGUCAGUGAACGCCUCAAUGUCACCUUUGUAAUACCUAUAGCACUAGAACAGGUCAUGGGCACAGUGCAGUGCCAAGCAGAUAAUGGAAGACAAACAAAAAGUAAACAGCUAUAUCUCACAGUGGUGAUGAACGAGAUACCAGCUAAGGUGGCGGUUGUCGUUUUCACCUGUUUCUCAAUCCUGAUUGUCUUUGUGUUUGCUUGCUGUGUUUAUGGAGUGGUGUUGCGAAAAAGGCAAUCCAGGAUAUACAUUUACAGACUUAAAGAAGAACUGACAGAGCUGCAUAAUGUACUUGAUGAUACUAAUGAUUAUGAGAAUGAGGGAAAUGAAUAUGAGGAAGAAAAAGAACAACAAUUUUAUGACCUGGUAAGAUUUAGACGUUGUACAAGCAUCUAGGAUUGAAGAGCCUGGUGAGAUGAUAGUGAAGAGGAGGAAGAAACGGAUUUAUAUAAUGGCACUAGUACUGAAUAAUGUUAAAUUAAUUAGUAAAUAUUUAAUUUCAUUUUAUUAUUCCUCAACAUUUAUCAGAGUCGCAGUGGGUCCGUUAAAAUUUUGUACAAAGCAGCAAGACUCUGAAAAAGGGGCCAAUCCACCCCUCUCCCUUUUCAGACAUAUCCUAUCAUGUCUAUGUAAACAUCUGACUGGCUGAUAGCACUGCUGACAAACUUGAUUUCAGUGGUGGUAGACUAGAAUAAUAGACCUCUAAUAGACCUCUGCGCAAUCCAAACGCUGUUUGCUAUUAUUUGCAUUAUGUUAGUAGAGUGCAUGUGUACAUACAGUGAGUAAUACAUUAUUUUGAAAACCAGAAUUGUAUUUCUAAAUGCCAGAGCUGUUUAAUUGUAUCAAUAAAUAAAACUCUAAAUUAAAACCAGCAUAUUUUAAA